CCCGCAGCACACAUACUACCAUCCAAGAAACUGGCAUGUCUGCUGAAGACAAGACCACCGAGUCCUGGCCAGCCAGUGCGCACCUGAAGAGCCCACCCUAUCCGUUCCCGACUGGCCUGGAUUUUCCCCCGUCCCCACCUCCGUCCAGCCGAAAGCUGCUCAUAAUGACGGUGGGAGCCGUGGCCGCGCUGGCCAUCAGUGUCCUGGGAGUGCUCCUGGCCACUUACCUGGGGAGAGCGACCUGCAAUCAGAGAGACACGUCCGGGUACCUGCCACCACAGCUCAACGUCCAGAACGAAGCGUCGCUGCUGCUGGCCCUCAGCGAUCUCACUGAUCAGGGAUCCACUCCAGGAAUCACCUGCGACCUUAAAAACCAUCUGAUGGUUUACCACGGACAACCCGAGGGAUGUGUCGCCCGCCGGAUGGAUGCCACCGAUGCCCUCCCGUCUUGCCAGGACCUUGAGAUGUACUUCCAGGCAGUGCUGAGGAACGUGACGCUGGGCCUGUCCCUGGACGUGCAGGUCGUGGCCGUGGGGACGCUGGGCAGCCUGGUGACUCUGCUCUGCAACAACAAGCCCACCUACCUACUAACUACUUCUCCACCUCCCAGCGGGGGCAGGAUAAGCCUCAGCGCCUGAGGAAGCGAAACGCGCGGCCCCCCGGACAGGCACCGUGCACAGUAGACACCAGCAGCUCCCCCGCUAUCCGUGCAUGUCUGUCCCGACAAGGAUAUUAUAAAGAAAUGCUAUGAGGGGCAGCCGUUUGCCAAUAGUGCAGACUAACCCGCAUCGCUUGCAGCCUCCGCUGCCAACGUUAAACCCCCUGCGCCAGGGUGGCCGCUCCCAAACAACACAGGGCCCCCCCCGUUCGAAUCUCAAACUUCUGUUACAAUCAAUCCCAAUAAAAUUGAAUCCUAUUUACCGUUUCCUUCGCUUAUUACACCGAUUUCAUCACACGAUAAAAUCGCCGAAUAAUCUUUCCAAGAGCAACGAGCACACUGCCAGCAACAGGCUGGCAA